GCAUUGCAGUACACCAUUGGGCGCGACCGCCCAUUCAUUUGUAGAGGAAGCUAGCCUGUUGACCAUAAGCCAUGCUAUGUUAUAAGCUAGCUACCACAACUUUUUAUAAAGCUAUUUUAACUACGUUCAUGGACACAUUUGAUUAAGAUGUUUCAAAAACUGCCAUCGCUGUCGAACUAUCUCUCCGAUUUUUACUUGCGGUACAAACUUUUUGCUGGAUCGAAGUCACCAUCAUAGAUUAGUGGGUAUGUUUACAAAGCAACUAUGCUACUACUAGUUACAAUUUAGCUAGUCCCUACUUCCAGAUAGUUCUACCGAUGCGCCAACGCGUUGCAGGUACAUUGCGUUAAUCGAUAGAAACAGGUAUAGCAUUUAUUUGUUUGUAACAACUGACUGAUAGUAUUAGUCAUCAAGUUACCACCCCAUAUAAUGAGUCUUACCAUGUUAGCUAGUUUACUAUAACUCUUCACAAACAUGAUGAUGAGCCCUUUUUGUUCAAUAUGAAUUGACAAUGAAAUAACUGUAAUUCAAAAGAAUCUUUAAAAUGAUUGGACUGGCAGGUUAUGUUGGCAGGUAAUGUUGUCAAGCAACAUAUACAUUACAAAGUACAUAACUUUGGCUACAAAUAUUAUUGAGAGAAACUACUUGCAUACUAGCUAGUCUAAGGAUUGACAGAAGAAAAUGGGAAUACAUCUUUUUUCUUGACACUAUCUUACUUCGCAUGACUGGAUAUCAAAUACAUUUUCUAGACACUGCUUGUGCUAGCCAGCCUAGUAUUUAUCUAUCCAGCUACCAAUAGCAAAACAAACAUCACCAUGGCUAGUGCCUUGGCAGCAAAAAUGGGACUGAACUCUUUGAGAAGAAAACAAGCCAAGACCUUCAACGUCAAGAUAACAACCAUGGACGCAGACAUGGAAUUCAGCUGUGAGGUCAAGUGGAAGGGAAAGGAUCUGUUCGACCACGUGUGCCGGACGUUCGGCCUGAGAGAGACUUGGUACUUCGGGCUCCAGUACAACGUGAAGGACACGGUCGCUUGGCUCAAGAUGGACAAGAAGGUGUUGGAUCAGGAAGUCCCCAAGGAGAAUCCGAUCACCCUCCACUUCCUCGCCAAGUUCUUCCCCGAGAACGCGGAGGAGGAGCUGGUCCAGGACAUCACACAGCAUCUCUUCUUCCUGCAGGUGAAGAGGAGCAUCCUGCAGGAGGAGAUCUACUGCCCCCCAGAGGCCUCUGUGCUGCUCGCCUCCUAUGCUGUCCAGGCCAAGUAUGGAGACUACGACCCCAACCUUCAUGAACCUGGUUUCCUGGCCAAAGAGGACCUUCUGCCCAAGAACGUGAUCAACCUGUACCAGAUGACCGCUGAGAUGUGGGAGGAGAGGAUCACUGCGUGCUACGCGGAGCACAGGGGUAGGACCAGGGAGGAAGCUGAGAUGGAGUAUCUAAAGAUCGCCCAGGACCUGGAGAUGUACGCCGUCAAUUACUUCUUCAUCAGGAACAAGAAGGGGACGGAGCUGCUGCUGGGGGUGGACGCCCUGGGCCUGCACAUCUACGAGCCGGACAACAGGCUCACUCCCAAGUGCUCCUUCCCCUGGAACGAGAUCCGCAACAUCUCCUACAACGACAAAGAGUUUGCCAUCAAACCCGUGGACAAGAAGACAGACGUUUUCAAAUUCAACUCCUCAAGGCUGAGGGUGAACAAGCUGAUCCUGCAACUGUGCAUAGGGAACCAUGACCUGUUCAGGAGGAGGAGGGGCCUGGACUCUCUGGAGAUGCAGCAGAUGAAGACCCAGGCUCGUGAGGAGAGGGCUCGCAAGCAGGCGGAGCGACAGCUGCUGCAGAGGGAGAAGCAGCUACGAGAGGAGGCGGAGCGGGCCAGAGACCAGCUGGAGAGACAGCUGCUGCAGCUGCAGGACGACGCUCACAUGGCAAACGAGGCUCUGAUGCGUUCCGAGGAGACGGCGGACCUGCUGGCGGAGAAGGCCCAGAUAGCCGCCGAGGAGGCCAAGCUGCUGGCCCAGAAGGCGGCGGAGGCUGAGGCCGAGAUGCAGCGGAUCAAGGUGACGGCCAUCCGCUCGGAGGAGGAGAGGAGGCUGAUGGAGCAGAAGAUGCUGGAGGCCGAGAUGCUGGCCCUGCAGAUGGCGGAGGAGUCGGAACGCAGGGCUGGUGAGGCGGAGCAACUGAAGCUGGACCUGAUGGAGGCGAGGGAGUCUGAGCUCCGGGCCAAACACAAGCUGCUGGAGAUCACCAGCAAGACUGCCUACCCAUCCCCCCAGGCCCCGGCCCCGCCCUCGGACGCCAUGCCCGCCGACCUCCCCAGCCUGAGUUUCAGCAGGGAGAACCUCAGCUUCGACUUCAAAGACACGGACAUGAAGCGCCUCUCCAUGGAGAUAGAGAAGGAGAAGGUGGAGUACAUGGAGAAGAGCAAGCACCUGCAGGAGCAGCUGAACGAGCUGAAGACGGAGAUCGAGUCCCUGAAGCUGAAGGAGCGCGAGACCCCCAUGGACAUCCUCCACAACCACAACACCCAGGAGGGCACCAGCAAGCACAGCAACUUCAAAAAGCUGACCCUGCAGAGCACCAAGUCCCGAGUCGCUUUCUUUGAAGAACUCUGAACGCCUGUGUGUGUGUGUGUGUGUAUGAGAGAGAGAGAGAGAGAGAGAGAGAGAGAGAGAGAGAGAGAGAGAGAGAGAGAGAGAGAGAGAGAGAGAGAGAGAGAG